AUGAUCUCUGCAAAAACAGUAUUCAAUUCAAGCUAUCCUAUGAUUUUAAUUAAAGCCGUAUUAGCAAGCUUCAUAAGCAUAAGAAAAUAUUGAAGAAGAACAGUGUUGAAAAAAUCCCUAUUGACAGAAUUUUUAUUUAAAAUUUUAGAUUUGAAAAGCAAGCUUUUUAGAUUUGUGUUUAAAUGUUCAGAUAAAAAGACAAAGAGUUUUAAUAUUAUAAAAAGUAAUAUGUGCUCUAGUCCACUGCAGUAA